UGUAUAUCGUGCCAAAUUUUAAAAAAUGGUAUAGCUUCUUUUCUAAGUAUAUGGAGUAUGAUAAAUGGAUGUUAAUUUAGCAGUGAUAGCAACACUCUCCUUGAAAGUACAUGGCUGGGUCGAAUGCCCGAAGGACGAUUGGCCUUACUGCUAUGUUUGUUUCAAUGACCAGGACUGUUGUGAAUAUGAACGAUGCUGUGAACGUCCAUCUAGUUCGACUAGUUCGACUAGGCAUGGCGCUGUCGAAAGAUCGUCUAGGGGUCGUAUCAACGUAAUCUUGGAAACGGUCAUUCCUUUUAUCGUUUUCUGCAUAAUUGUGAUAGUCUGUUUUCAAUGCUGCAAGCAUUCACGAGAAGGAGUCAUACAUCCAAGCCAUGGUCAGCAAGCAGCAGUCGUACACAUAUCACAGUGCGCCGAACGGACUUCUGAACAGACAACAAGGAUAGAACAACCCGACCCAAUCACUCACUUUCACAAACCAGCCAGUGUAUCCACCUCCUCCUCUCGCCAGCAACGCACAACGACUUUGACAAUAGUUAAUCCAAGCGCGCCUCACGGACCUAUGUACGGACACGAUUCGCACAGCAACCUUUCUCCACCACCCUCGUACACCAGCGAGCCAGAAUAUUCGCCACCCCCCCCCCCCCCACACCACAUCUUAUAACAAGCACUCAAUAAACAGGACAAUAAAAAUACACUUGGUCCAUGAAAAAUGUAAAAGAAAAUGUUUCAAUUCGUUCAAUGAUUAUAUAUAUAUCAAGCUUUCAAAAAUAUAUGCUUAUAACGCUAUCGUCGUCGAAAUGUUAUUCAAUUCAUGAUACGCUUUUAAAAGAUAUUGGGCAGUAUGUGUCCAGCCCAUAGUCACAUUGCCAUAAAUGAACCUCUUUAUUAUAUGCCUAUCAAAUUCCUUUUCCAUAUCCAACAGUGAAAAUACAGCACGCCGUAUUGAAAAUUCCGUAUCGUGGUACUGUCGUUUUGUGAUUCCGUAUCAUGCGAGUACCGUGUGUAGUCUCGAAACUACUUUUGCGUUGCUAAAAAUAGCGUGACCAAAAAGACUGGUAAAACAACUUUUUAAUACAUAAAAAUGUCUAACUUUACUCACGCUCACAGCUACUUCAGCGAACUAGUUGUUUGCCAUUUUGAAGUUCAAAAAUUGUUGCAAAAACCAUGUUUAUUAUCAUAAAUAUGAGCAGCUCUCCAUUACAAAGAAGGAGGCGAAUUUGCGUCAUCGAUAGAAAUAGCGAUUGACUCACGAACUUCCCUUAAUUCUGCAUAUAAUGAUCGUCAAAAAUCCCACGAAUAUUUACUUUGUUAAAAAUGGCCGCGAUACGUCAAAAGGAAAUGGAUUAGUGUAUUCUCGUAAAAUAAGUACCGUUUUGUGGGU